AUGGCAUAUCUGCGCGGCAGGGAAGCCCCGAUGGACCUCUCGGAGCCUGGGCCCCAAAAACCAUCUAUAUUCGAUACCCCACUGCAUGGGUCUCAUGAAUCAAUGGAUGCUACACCUGAUGCGUCCUUGAUGGAUAUUGACCCAGACGUUGGGCCUACCUUUACAGCCAUGCCAGUGGAACAAAGCCAUGCUGCUUUGCCAGGACAGGUCAUCCCCGUGUCUUCCAAUCCUAUGGUGCCAUUUACAGCAUCGUCUCCACCGUCUAGGGACGCUGCUGUGGGCACGCCUCCCACAGGCACACCUGCUCCUGCUUCGUCGGCGCCUCCACAGACAUCCGGGUCGGCAAGCGACGCGCCGAAAGAAGGAUGGAGCAUAGUCAAGUCCUCGGCUGAUCUUGUAGCGGCUGCUUCUUUGCCUACAAAGGCCGUGGCGCCGUACCGUCAUGCGGCUUCCGCUGCUGUUGCAUCCCAGGCGCGAAGCUUACUCGAACGACCUGAGACGUUUCUUACGUAUGUGCAGGUUCUGUUCAAUGCAAGUAUUAUUCUUGUGUUUAUAUACCUGCUCUUCAGUGUGGUGUGGACCAUUCAACACGAUGUGUCCCUGAAAGUGAAAGAGUACGAACUGGAUUAUCUCGGUGAAAUUGCCUCCUGCUCUUCCGCCUACACUGCCAACCGAUGUGGCUCGGACAUGCAAGCACCUGCGCUCACAGAAGCGUGCGAGGCAUGGCGUCGAUGUGCUGCGCGCGAUCCCACGGUCGUGGGACGUGCACGUGUCACCGCUGAGACGUUUGCUGAAAUUCUCAAUGGAUUUGUGGAUGUGGUGAGCUGGAAAACAAUGCUCUUCUCCCUCCUUACUCUCUCUAUUGUGGUAGGCGCCACUAACUCCACGCUGUCCUUCUUCCGUUUCAAUGCCAGUCAACGAAACGAUCCGCCGCCGUCGUCCACGCCCUCUUCGCAUCCACCCUAUUACCCAUAUGCGCUGCCGCCCGAGUGGGAUACCUCUGCGUUACGUCAUCGUAUACGUCCUCAAGAUGAUCAAGAGACUCGUACUAUACCCUAUCGUACAGAGCAAAACUAA